AUGUCAUCACGACCUUCGUGCCGCGAAGACUUUGAAGUCGCCAUCAUCUGUGCGUUGCCGCUCGAGUACGACGCCGUUGCUCUCCUCUUCGACGAGUUCUGGGAUGAAGACGGCGAUCCAUAUAAGAGGGCGGCCGGAGACCCUAACGUCUAUACGACGGGUCGUAUGGGCAAGCAUGAUGUUGUGCUUGCGCUUUUGCCUCACAUGGGCAAGAUCAACGCCGCCUCUGCGGCCGCUCACAUGCGGACAAGCUAUCGAGGUCUGAGGCUCGUGAUUCUCGCAGGAAUCUGUGGCGGCGUGCCCUACAAUGGCCGAGAAGAGAUUCUGCUAGGCGAUGUUGUGAUCAGCAAGUCUCUUGUUCAAUACGACUUUGGCAGGAGAUAUCCCGAUAAGUUUUCACGCAAAGACACCGUCCAAGACAAUCUCAGAAAAAAUGACAGAAACAUCAGCAGCCUUUUGGCGAUAUUCGACACAGUCAACGGCCGAGAUAAGCUUCGAGACAAGACCUCCCAUUUCCUCAAGCAGCUCCAGGAAAGGGCUCUAGAUCAUCAAGCCAAGUAUGAGUAUCCUGGGAUAUCCGAAGAUAGGCAAUUCGAAUCGAGCUAUCGUCACAAGCACCGCGAUUCGGCGACUUGCAUCUGCAGCAAGUGUCAUGGGAGAAACGACCCGGCAUGCGAUAAGGCGCUUGGCUUGUCGUGCGAUGAGCUGGGAUGCAAUGGGGAAUACCUGGUUCCGAGGAAGCGACUCAGGGUGCAAGACGAGCACGACAAGCAAGACAAGGCGACAACGCCGGCCAUUCACAUUGGGACCGUUGCGUCAGGUGAUACGGUGAUGAAGUCGGGAGAAGACCGCGACAGAAUCGCCAGGGAAGAAGGCGUUAUUGCGUUUGAGAUGGAAGGGGCCGGUGUGUGGGAGGAAAUACCAUGCAUCGUGGUCAAGGGCGUGUGCGACUAUGCCGAUUGCCACAAGGACAAGAAGUGGCAGGACUUUGCGGCAGCAACGGCGGCAUCUGCUUCCAAGGCUAUUCUCGAACGAUAUAUCCAAACGGAUAGAGGGGAACGGCCCAUCCAAUUGGAGAGAGACAGUGUCCGGCUUGAUGAUGAACCACCAGAGUCUCAUUUUCUGGUCCCCUUUGGACGUAACCAGGAUUUUGUUGGGAGACAGAGCAUCCUGUCAGAGCUCGUGGAAAAGAUUCGACCAAGCGCAAACAAGGAUGACUGCCAAAGAACCGCUCUUGAAGGCCUUGGAGGAGUUGGCAAGACGCAGCUUGCGAUAGAGGCUUCAUAUCUCAUCCGUAACGAGCAUCCCGACUGCUCCGUCUUCUGGGUGCCGGCCUUGGACGCGGCCAGUUUUGAGUCUGCCUAUCGCGAUAUUGGCAAACAUCUCAAGGUCAAGAAUAUCGAUGACAAUGGCGCCGACGUCAAGCAGCUCGUCAAGGCUGCUUUAUCCGAAGAGAGCAGUGGCAGCUGGCUCUUAGUUGUCGAUAACGCGGAUGAUGUCACGCUGCUUUUUGGCGCUGCUGGACUCUCAGCCCAUAUGCCAUUCAGUCGGAGAGGUUCGAUUCUCUUCACGACACGAAAUCACGAGGCAGCGGUGCGGCUCGACAUUCCGUCAAGGAACAUUAUCCAUGUCGUCGAAAUGGGACAAGAUGAGGCCUUGAGCCUGCUGCAGCACGGCUUGACAGAGAGCCAGACAAGCAACACAGAGGCUACAAAGAGAUUGCUUGACUUGCUCGCAAACUUACCGCUGGCCAUUCGACAGGCUUCGGCAUACAUGGCGGCGAAGUACAUCUCCACCGUUGAAUACCUGGGGCUCUGUGAGUCGGACGAUAAAGACAUGAUUGACCUACUCAGCCGAGAUUUCGAGGAUCGACAUCGAUAUAGGGAGGUUCAAAAUCCCGUGGCCACAACGUGGCUAAUCUCGUUCAACCAAAUAUUGAAACACAACCCGCUGGCAGCGGAAUACCUCAAGUUUAUGAGCAUGCUGGCGGAGAAGGGUAUUCCCAAGUCUUUUCUGCCCCCAGCCAAAGCUAUCGACGCCAUAGACGCAAUUGGCACGCUCAAGGCAUAUGCGUUUAUUGCGCAGCGGGAGGGGUGUGACUCCUUUGAUAUGCAUCGCCUUGUGCGACUAGCCAUGCGAAACUGGCUGGAAAAAGAAGGGCAACUGAAGCAGUGCACGAGAUCCGCCAUCCGUCGGCUUAACCAAGUGUUUCCGUUCCCAACUAGCCUUUAUGAAAUGGGCACCUGGGUGGGCCUUCUAACGCAUGCCCGGGCUGUCCUAAAGCUUGUAGACGAGUCCGCGGGCGACAGAGAAGAAGCAUACAUGUACCUUUUCAGAAAGGUGAUGUUUGGGAAUUGUGUGGAAACCCGAGAUGAGCCAACAGAGCGGAUGAGUUGGCAGGUGAUCGACUUCUGGGAGAAGACGUUUGGCAAAACUCAUCCAUCCACACUGUCCAACAGAGAUGUGGUUGCGCUCAUACUUGUUUCAGCAGAGAGACUUGAAGAGGCGGAGAAAAUACAGCGACAAACACUCGAACUUCGUAAGGAACUUGUGGGCGAACAUCAUCCUAGUACACUGGUCACGAUGAACAGCAUCGCAAAAUUAUUGGCUGAUCAACGCAAGCCGAAGGAGGCAGAGAAAAUGUUCCGCCAGUUGCACGAGCUUCAUGUCAAGGUGCUAGGUGAAGGUCAUCCGCGCACACUGAUCAACAUGGACAACCUCGCGACGAUCCUUCGUCUACUCGGUCACGAUGAAGAGGCACAAAACGUACAGAGGCAAGUCAUUGAGCUUCGUGAGAAUUCCAAGGCAGCUUGCCACGCUGUUACAACGAAUGCCCUUGGGCAAGACGAGGAGGCGGAGAAGGCACUUCAGGAGCUCCUAGAGCUGGAUGUGCUCGGGAACAUUUAA